GAAACCCCAUCCGGGUCGUUGUGAUGGACGCCCCCAUGACACACAUCAACAUGAAAUAUUUAUCAUAUUUAUUUUAGGUUUCUACGGUAUAUGUAGUUCUCUGACAGACAGAAAUGGGAACCCCAGUAAAAGAUGUGACAAUACCAGACAGUGCCCUGAGGUCCCUCAUUCUACAGAAACAUUGUGAUUAUAUAGCUUCAUAUGGGACUAAGAAAGAUGAUUAUGAGUAUUGUAUCACAGAGUAUCUACGUAUGAGUGGGAUGUACUGGGGACUAACAGUUAUGGAUAUGAUGGGACAACUGGACAGAAUGAACAAAGAUGAAGUUAUACAAUUUAUACAGCAAUGUCAACAUGAGUGUGGGGGAAUUGGUGCCAGUGUGGGUCAUGACCCUCAUUUGCUCUAUACUCUGAGUGCUGUGCAGAUUUUGACCCUGUAUGAUGCUACAGAUACAAUAAAUGUAGACAAAGUCGUGGAUUAUGUAAAAAACUUACAGCAGGAUGAUGGUAGUUUCUAUGGUGAUAAAUGGGGGGAAGUUGACACCCGAUUUUCAUUUUGUGCUGUUGCCUGUUUAGCUUUAUUAAAAAGACUUGAUGCAAUAGACAUAGAACAUGCAGUAGAGUUUGUGUUGACCUGUAUGAACUUUGAUGGUGGGUUUGGCUGUAGACCAGGAAGUGAAUCUCAUUCAGGACAAAUUUAUUGUUGUGUUGGAAUGUUAGCUAUUGUAGGACAACUUCAUCAUAUAAAUGCAGAUUUAUUGGGUUGGUGGUUGUGUGAAAGACAGCUGCCCUCUGGUGGGCUGAAUGGUAGACCAGAGAAAUUACCAGAUGUUUGCUAUUCCUGGUGGGUUUUAGCCUCACUUAAAAUCAUAGGAAAAAUACACUGGAUUGAUAAGGCUAAACUAACAAAAUUUAUUCUGGCAUGUCAAGAUGAUGAGACUGGAGGGUUUGCAGACAGACCUGGAGAUAUGGUUGAUCCAUUCCAUACAUUAUUUGGCAUAGCUGGACUCUCACUUUUAGGAGAAGAUAAAAUAAAACCUGUCAACCCUGUGUUCUGUAUGCCUGAGGAAGUCAUAAGGGGGAAUGGAAUUCAGUUAGAACUUUUGUGAUAUUGAUUUUUAUAUACAGGGCUCCAGAAAUUUCAAACAGAACAUCUCUUUUCAGGAAGCAGAAUUGACAGUGAAUUGAGAAGUAAGGUUUACGAAAAUUUUGCGAAAUGUGUUAAUGCGAGUGAGGCUUACACUAGAGGAAAAGUAUAAUGGGAAAGCAAUAAAUUUAUUUGUGAUAUACUGUUCAUUCAAGAACAAUUUAUUACGCAAAUUUAAUGUCACAGUAAAUGUACAUGUAGUGCUGAAAGAGAGAUAACUCUUAAUUUUAUUUGAAAUAAUUGUAUAUGCAUGAAUAAAAAAUGUUAUCAUUAAUUUUUCUUUCUAAGUGCUUUAAAAUGCAAAUAAUACCAAGGGAACUUAAAAAUACACGUAUACUUGAAAAUAAUAAGCAUAGUUCAGUUGAAAUAUAGAUGGUUAAAUUUUAAAAUGCCUUUUUUGACCAAUUAUCUUUAAAUUAUGUCUUCACUUAAGCUUGUAUUUUUCUUUGAUAUAAUGUUUAAUUUUUGUUAUUCAAUUUUAUGUUGGAGAGACUUACUUACUAUCGAAGGCAAGUUUUUUAAGUCUUUUUGUUUUUUUCAGUAAUGCACAGUGUGCAGAUGUCACAGAAACCUAUUUGCUCUAGUAUGAUUUAAUUGUACAUGUACCAUUACACACAUAAUAGUGGAAUUUAGAUAUAAUCAUACAUUUCUGCCAUAUAUGUCUAAUAUAGAUAUGAAAAAGUUUUUGAAUGGAUACAUCAGUUGUAUGUAGGAUAUCAUUGAUAUGAAAGGACUUUAUUUAUUUUUCUUUAAUUUUUGUUGUUAUUAUUUUGAAAAUUUUGAAUUUCUGAAAGCAUUUGAAACCAUGAUAUUUUUUAUUAUUGUUAUUGUUAGAAUGUAGAAGUACAUUUUAUUGAUUAAUGUUUCACUCAAUACAUAUUGGUCAACUGAUGCUCAUACCUUCAUCUUUAUUAAUUGUUGUAUGCUUUACAUCCAAUGCCAUUACUUUCACAUAAAGUCUAUGUUUUGUGAUAUAGUACACAGUUUAUAAUCAAAGUGCAUACUCUCAGAACAAAUCUAUGGUGUGUGACGACUUUGGAAUUAUCAUUCACUACUUUGAUUAUGAACUGAUGAUGGCUGAUAACCUGAUUCAAUAAAACAACUGACAAAAAAUAUUUGAUGGCAAUGAAAAUUCAGAACAAUUUGAUAUUUUUCAUAAUCAGUAGACUAUAACUUUUUCUUGUUUUUAAAAUGUUAAAAACAUUAACAUCUACAUUACUAUUUUAUUUUGGUACUUUAAAUUUGAAAUCAAUAAAUGCAUUUUAUUAAUGCAAAUUAUAAAAUGCUGUCUGCAAUGUCUAAUUUAAUAAUUCAACUUAGACAAAUCUGUUAUCUAACCUUACAUAUUUAAAUUUCUCUUAAUUUAUAUAUGCUUUCAAGUAAAUUGUAAAAGUAUGUUAUAAAAGGUAGAAUGAAAGAUUUUCAUGUUAAUCAUCAAUUGCCAUUUUAUGUGGAUACAUCAUGGUAGUAAUAGAUGUAUUAAAUAUAAAUAAAAAUUAUUCUGUUA